CAAUGGCAAACCAUUUCAGAAAUCUUGCCAAUAAACUGCAGGAACAUGCUGUUGCCAGGAGUCAACACUGAUUCAAAAGCAUGCACAAAAGUUUGAAUAUGAAAGGUACUUAAAAUGGUGUUACUACCACUUACUUAAUUAACUCCACAAACCUCUGUAUAAUUGUAGUAGUACAGAAAUACAAUAUAAACUUUGGUUGUUGUUGUGAGUAAGCUGCUAAGUAAAUUUAAAUUGUUGGUCUUAACAAAUCAAGUUCUUCAGGUUUGCCAAAAAUUACCUUCAGGAUUGCAGUUUCCCAGUAGAAUCUGCCCAACUGCAUUGAUUUUCCCUGGGAAAGCUAUUUUGAGGAUGUGAGGCGAGUGGAAGCUAGAGGAACUGCUUUGGGAAAUUUAUUAUAUGUCAUAUGUUUAUAACUUACAACUAAUUACAAAUGCUUUAAUAAUUUCUAUGUAUCUCGUGAACCAACAUGUACUUUCUAUAUUAGGACUGUUAUAAAUAUUAUAAUAAUAAAAAUAUAAGUAAAAAUUUGCAUUCCCUCCUUUCUUCAAGAAAUGUGGGUAACAUACAUAACUGGAAACAGAUGCAGCAUCAGUUUAGUGAUCUGCUGUUUAAUUUUUUCCCCAAAAAAUGUUCAUUUUUAUUUCACAACAUUGCCAACUUUAUUUGCUCUAAUGCAUUUAAAUCUUACUGGGCUGUGUGUGUGGGGAUCAGUGCUGUAAAAAUUUCAGUUUUCCUGAAUUAUUUAAAUCAUUUUCAGUAAGAACUAAAGCACUGUAUUUUAUAGAUGUUAAUUACAAAUGAAGAAGGAUCUCUUUUUUACUCCAUGUUCCAUUUUCUUCUAUCUGCUGUCCCUUGCCACUUCCUUUGUUUUUUUACCUGUGUGUGUGUAUGUAGUGUAAAAGCAUCAAAAUCACUAUUUUCUUUUCAGUCUUUGUGAAAGAAUGAUGGCUGUCUAUUUGCAGACAGAGGUUACAUUUCUGCCUGAUAUUUCUCCUGUCUUUUGACCCAAAAUAAUGGUGACAGUUUUCCAAGAUAGAUUUUUGGCAAUCCCGAAAACUCAGGUUAAUCUAGAAGCCUUGUCCAAAAGGGUGGGGGAGUGGAACAGUGGGAGAGAAAAUACAUAUACACUACUACUGGACAGAUUUAAACACAGCCCAAUAAGUAAUAUUUAUUGCUUUAAAUUUAGCUCUUCUCCCCAUCAGUGUGACUUCACCUGAUGAACAAACGUCAGCUGGGAGUUUGAUAGAUUAAAAUUAAUUAAUUAAUUAACCAGGAAACUCCCUAGGCAAAUAACUUGCUUCUUCGCCCCUGUGUGGCUGAACUCCAGGGGUGACUCGACGGCAGGAGAGAAAACAUUUUUUUGAACUUUAGCUGAAUCACAGACGAAAUGAAACUAAGACUGCCGUUCUCACGCCUUCACAAUUAACGGGGCUGAACCUUGGGGAAAAAAUCAGGGCGGAAAAGUUAAAGGGCAACGCAAAGCGCGGCACCUGGGUCCCAAAUCUGCCCGCUAGGUCGGCUGUUAAGAAGCCAAGGCAAGGGGCUCGUCGGCGUCACCCAGGACUUCGUCAAAGGCGCGGGAUUCGCCGGCGCCUCCGUGCCCUUUAACUCGGCUGCCGGCCCGAAUGGCCGGGAUUUUGAAGGUGCAACUUUCUUCCGUGCAGGAGCGCUUAAGUAGCCUCUCCCUCUCCCCGCGCCUUUCACACGAGAGCGGCCUACAGUGCCGGGCCGGAAACUUUUCCUCGUUGCUCUUUCAUACCUUUCUGGAGACCGACAGGUGGAUCCUCGGAGCUUUUCUGAGGUAGAAGUCUUAAGUAACCAGGAAGUAAUUGCCGCCUUGCCUUGAGGAGAGUGAGCCUGCUGCCCGCCGUUUACCAUAGCCAUCUCCCUGAUUGCUGUAGGGAGCAAAUUGCAGACCUGAUCCUCGGAAGGAAGCGUUUCCCCCCCCCCCCCACUCUAGCAAAACGAGAAGCUCGGGGAGCCCGGAGGAUCCAUCGCCUCCUCCCUCGUGAAACAAUAGUUCAGUGUUUGGUUUAAGGGCUGAGUCUCCGGUUGAUUCAACAUUGACAAAACCAGGAAAUGAGAGGCUAUUGAAACCUGAAUGCAUAUACCUUCUGUUUCACUUCCCUCUGGAUUUAUGGCUGCUCAUCUGACAGAGAACAUGGAGCUCACAUCAUUUUUCAAACUCCCAUCUUCCCAACUCAUCGGAAGCUUAGGAUCUGUUGCUCCCAUCAUACUCAUGAUCCUUCUGCUGCUUCUCUGUUUUCCCUUUAAAAAGAAAAAACAUCGCUUGUCAAUCAGAACCAGGAAGAAGGACAUAAAUAUGUCUGAACUAAUAGAUCUGACAAAACUGGAAGAUGGGUUGCCUCCAGAAAGGGAGUCUCUUUCAGAUCAAAGUUUACACAAAGGUAACACUUUGCCUAGUCACCAAGCACAGGAGCAAUCAAAUGGAUUUUCUUCAGAUCUUCAGCAAGGAAAUGCAGACCCUCCAAAAUACACACAGGUAGUUAACUCAAGCCAACAAACAAUGGAGAAACUGAACAUGAACCAACAAAGAAAGUUGAGUCCACAAGCACCAGGUUCCAACGUACCAUCCCCAAGCCCACUGCAGUUCAGGAAACUUCCAGUGACUCCCAAAGAGGCCUGCCUAUCUAGAAUGUUACCAUUGACACAAAACCUAGACAACCUAGUUUACGAAAGCAUUGGUAUUAAAGAACAGGAAUUAUAUAGCAAGGAUUGGUUGGAAGGAAGGACAGGCUGUCAGAUGGAAGCUAAUGAUAAUCCAAUCUGUGCCAUGACCCAUGGAUCUGGAACACUGCCUGUGGCGCUUGGUGGAAAAGAUUCUGAAGUUGCAGGAUCCAACAACGUGCAUAUGCAGUUGUCUCCAGCUCAACCAUGCCAGGAGUCAUAUGGCCAGUUGCAGGAAAGGGCACCUGAGAAAGAGGCCCCACGGGCUCAGCUUGAGUCUGACUCAAGGAGACUAAGUGCCAUGUAUGCUCGAGUGUGCAAGCGAACCAAGGCAUCUCAGGCACUGCAACCUGAAAAUCGUGAUGAGCCUAAGGAACAAGAAGAGGAAGAACCCCCACCCAUUCCAGAAAAAUGUUUUGAGCACGUCUAUGAAAGCCUGAAGGUUCAUGGUGAGAUGCAGGAUGGGGGCUUGUAGGUGCAUCUCUUUCUAAACUGGAAGGUGUACUGUAUGUUCUAAUCAGGCAACUUUGAAGUGUCAUCCAUUAUGCAGAAAAGUCAGUUAUGUACAUUCAUAUGGUAUUCAUAAAUCUCUGUGGUAUAUAUGUGCUAGUGAAGAAUUGUCUGAAAUGUAAGCUUUUUUU